AUGACGGAAGCAAUCGUACUUCAUCUCCAAAAUGAUGGAAGCACCCGUACUUCGUCUCCCAACUUUGAUCUCAUGCUUGAAGUGGCCACUGACGCAUCCCAUCAUAGUUGUCAUGGCGGUCGAUUUUCUUCUUCUUCUCCUUCUCUCCGCCAAAGAGAACAAUACCCUCGAGCUCAAAGAGAACAAAACCCUCGAAGCCAGCAGCCACCGCCUGCGACUUCUUCUUCUCCUUCUCCGGCAACAAGAGCGACAACCAGCAGCCAUCGCCUGCGACAUCUUCUCCUUCAGCAGCAAGAGCGACAACAGCCUACGACGUCUUCUCCUUCUCCGGCAGCAAGAGUGAAAACAACUAGCAGCCAUAAGCCAUCGCCUGCGACGUCUUCUCCUCCGGUAGAAAGAGCGACAACAGCCAGCAACCACAGCCUACAACGUCUUCUCCUCCUGCAGCAAGAGCGACAACAGCCAGCAGCCACCGCUUGCUACGUCUUACCCUCCGGCAGCAAGAGCGACAACAACCAGCUCUCCUCCUUCUAUUCUCUGCUCCGGUUAUUCUCUGCAACCUCUGCCCUCUGGCUCUCUUCUCUU